AUGCCAGUGCUGGGCCUUUACGAACGCCCCAGGUUUGAGGUUCUAGUCCCUGCACAAGCCCCAAACGUUGCUGACAAUGUGGUCAACGAAAGGCCAAUUGGAGGUAGACUACAAAUGCGGAUAUCAGCAGCUAUUUACGACAAGAUUGGACUGGGCGUAACCGCCUAG